AGAACUGCUGGUUCACUGAGUAUCUGAGCUCAGCUCUUCUGGACCAAAAUGGGGGUUCAGGGAAAGUAUGGGCAUCUGCCAUGGCUGCUUUUGCUUAUUGGGGUGCUAAGUUUAGUGCAUGGGGACACAUUGGAAAAGUCUGCAGGAUCGACCAUUGAAAACCUCAAGUUUCUAACUGGUGUACAUUUGGAACUAAUCCGUAAUUACCAAACCGGAAGCCCUGGGACAAGUUACCCAGAGAGCUGCUCUGUAAUAAAGAAUGGUCAGAGUGGUCUAUAUAUUAUAGAACCAGUUCAAGGGAGAAGGAUAGUAGUAAAUUGCGUGCUUGGCACAGAAGGAGGGUGGACCAUCAUCCAGAAAAAUUGUCUAAAAGACAGGAAGAUGUGGGAUGCUACAUGGGAGAGUUAUAAAAGAGGCUUUGGAGACCCAAGAGGUGAACACUGGUUAGGAAAUGAGUAUAUUCAUCUACUGACCUCCCAGAAAAUGCAGAGGAUACGAUUCCGGAUGUUAAAUGCAGCUGGUAAAAACUGCACAGCCAAUUAUGAUUAUUUCUCACUGGAAGGAGAACAAAAUUGCUAUCGAAUUCGACUGGGGAGAUAUUCUGGCACUGCUGGAGAUGCUAUGACUUCUGGGGUGCCUGAAGCUGGACAUGAUAACAUGAAAUUUUCUACUCAUGAUCGUGACAAUGAUUUGUCUGGAAUGAACUGUGCCUUCAUUGGUGGUGGUGGUUGGUGGUAUGAAAAUUGCAGAUAUGCUAAUCUUAACUCGGGAACUAGCAUUUACUGGCACCAACUGUGUCGAGGGGAUUGUCAUGCAAGUGAGAUUCUUAUACAGCCAGCAUACAACUGUCCAGAAGGUGGUGGUGGUGGUGGCGAAGGGGGAGAUGGUGGAGGAGGUGACAGCGGUGGAGGAGGAGAUGGUGGAGGAGGAGGUGGUGAUGGUGGGGGAGAGGGUGGUGAUGGAGGUGGAGGUGGUGAUGGAGGUGGAGGAGGUGAUGGUGGGGGAGAGGGUGGUGAUGGAGGUGGUGAUGGAGGUGGAGGAGGUGAUGGUGGGGGAGAGGGUGGUGAUGGUGGAGGAGAAGGUGGUGGAGGUGGUGAUGGAGGAGGUAGUGAUGGAGGGGGUGGAGGAGGUGGUGAAGGAAAUAAGCCAACUACACCCAAUCCUUGCUGA